ACCGCUUUCACCGCUCAAGAAGUACCGUUACAGGGCAGACUUUUUGUCCAAUCAAUGCCUCCAGACUUCGGGUCAGGUGACCAUAGAGUGCGGGGGGCGGAGCUACAGUCUGGCGCGAGGAACCGUUAAGAUGGACAACGAAUAUAACCAAUGAGGUACUCUGACUAGGGCGUUGGGAACCCAAUAACAGUGGUCGGGCGGGCGCCUUCCCGGAGCGCGGGGAGAUGUAAAGACAGACAAGUAGUUUUCCCAAUGAGACUGUAGAAGAGAGGAGCUAAUUGACCAAUGAAGACUGCGGGGCGGGACCCUUUGCCGCGGCGGAGUCCAAGAUGGCGGCGUGCGGUUCCGCUGUGUGAAACGAGCGCGGGGCGGCGGGUUAAUCAGUUCCGCGGAGAAGACCUCCGACGACCCGCUAUAAUGAAGGGAAAGGAGCGCUCCCCAGUCAAGCCGAAACGCUCCCGUGGUGGUGAGGACUCGACUUCCCGCGGGGAGCGGAGCAAGAAGUUAGGGGGCUCUGGUGGCAGCAAUGGGAGCAGCAGUGGAAAGACCGACGGCGGCGGCGGGUCGCGGCGCAGCCUUCAUCUGGACAAGUCUAGCAGCCGAGGUGGUAGCCGCGAGUACGACACCGGUGGGGGCAGCUCCAGUAGCCGCUUGCAUAGUUACAGCUCCCCAAGCACCAAAAAUUCCUCGGGCGGGGGCGAGUCGCGCAGCAGCUCCCGGGGUGGAGGCGGGGAGUCACGUUCCUCUGGGGCCGCCUCUUCAGCUCCUGGCGGCGGGGACGGCGGGGAAUACAAGACAUUGAAGAUAAGCGAGUUGGGGUCUCAGCUGAGUGACGAAGCGGUGGAGGACGGACUGUUUCACGAGUUCAAACGCUUUGGUGAUGUAAGUGUCAAAAUCAGUCAUCUCUCGGGUUCUGGCAGCGGGGAUGAGCGAGUAGCCUUUGUGAACUUCCGGCGGCCAGAGGACGCGCGGGCGGCCAAGCAUGCCAGAGGCCGUCUAGUGCUCUAUGACCGGCCCCUGAAGAUAGAAGCUGUGUAUGUGAGCCGGCGCCGCAGCCGCUCCCCUUUAGACAAAGAUUCUUAUCCUUCAUCAGCCAGUGUUGUCGGGUCCUCUGUAGGUGGUCACCGGCACCCCCCUGGAGGAGGUGGUGGAGGCCAGAGAUCACUUUCCCCUGGUGGCGCAGCCUUGGGAUACAGAGACUACCGGUUGCAGCAGUUGGCUCUUGGCCGCCUGCCCCCUCCACCUCCGCCACCAUUGCCCCGAGACCUGGAGAGAGAGCGAGACUACUCGUUCUAUGAGAGAGUACGCCCAACCUACAGUCUGGAGCCAAGGGUGGGAGCUGGAGCAGGUGCUGCUCCUUUCAGAGAAGUGGAUGAGAUCUCACCCGAGGAUGAUCAGCGCGCUAACCGGACGCUUUUCUUGGGCAACCUAGACAUCACUGUGACAGAGAGUGAUCUAAGAAGGGCUUUUGACCGUUUCGGAGUCAUCACAGAAGUAGAUAUCAAGAGGCCUUCUCGGGGCCAGACCAGUACCUAUGGCUUUCUCAAAUUUGAGAACCUAGACAUGUCUCACCGGGCCAAACUAGCAAUGUCUGGCAAAAUUAUAAUUCGGAAUCCUAUCAAAAUUGGUUAUGGCAAAGCUACACCCACCACCCGCCUCUGGGUAGGUGGCCUGGGUCCUUGGGUGCCUCUUGCUGCCCUGGCACGGGAGUUUGACCGAUUUGGCACCAUACGCACCAUUGACUACCGCAAAGGUGACAGUUGGGCGUAUAUCCAGUACGAAAGCCUGGAUGCGGCUCAUGCUGCCUGGACCCAUAUGCGGGGCUUCCCACUUGGUGGCCCAGAUCGUCGCCUUAGAGUAGACUUUGCAGACACAGAACAUCGUUACCAGCAGCAAUAUCUGCAGCCUCUGCCCUUAACUCAUUAUGAACUGGUGACAGAUGCUUUUGGACACCGGGCACCUGACCCUUUAAGGGGUGCUCGGGACAGGACACCACCCUUACUAUACAGAGAUCGUGAUAGGGACCUUUAUCCUGACUCCGAUUGGGUGCCACCCCCGCCCCCAGUUCGUGAACGGAGCACUCGGACUGCAGCUACUGCUGUGCCUGCUUAUGAGCCACUGGAUAGCUUGGAUCGCAGGCGGGAUGGCUGGUCCUUGGACCGGGACAGAGGUGAUCGAGAUCUGCCCAGCAGCAGAGACCAACCUAGGAAGCGAAGGCUGCCUGAGGAGAGUGGGGGACGGCAUCUGGAUAGGUCCCCGGAGAGUGAGCGUCCACGAAAACGUCAUUGUGCGCCUUCUCCUGACCGCAGUCCAGAAUUGAGCAGUAGCCGGGAUCGCUACAACAGUGACAAUGAUCGAUCUUCCCGUCUUCUCUUGGAAAGGCCCUCUCCAAUCAGAGACCGACGAGGUAGUUUGGAGAAGAGCCAGGGUGACAAGCGAGACCGUAAAAACUCUGCAUCAGCUGAACGGGAUAGGAAGCACCGGACAGCUGCUUCCACUGAGGGAAAAAGCCCUCUGAAAAAAGAAGACCGGUCUGAUGGGAGUGCACCCAGCACCAGCACUGCUUCAUCAAAGCUGAAGCCCCCUUCCCAGAAACAGGAUGGUGGGACAGCCCCUGCAGCAGCAGCCUCUCCCAAACUCUGUUUGGCCUGGCAGGGCAUGCUUCUGUUGAAGAACAGCAACUUUCCUUCCAACAUGCAUCUGUUGCAGGGUGACCUCCAGGUGGCUAGUAGUCUUCUUGUGGAGGGCUCAACUGGAGGCAAAGUGGCCCAGCUCAAGAUCACUCAGCGUCUUCGUUUGGACCAGCCCAAGUUGGAUGAAGUAACUCGACGCAUCAAAGUGGCAGGGCCCAAUGGUUAUGCUAUUCUUCUGGCUGUGCCUGGAAGUUCUGAUAGCAGGUCCUCCUCUUCCUCGGCCACCUCAGACACUGCCACCUCUACUCAGAGGCCACUUAGGAACCUCGUGUCCUAUUUAAAGCAAAAGCAGGCCGCUGGGGUGAUCAGCCUCCCUGUGGGGGGCAACAAAGACAAGGAAAACACCGGAGUCCUUCAUGCCUUCCCACCCUGUGAGUUCUCCCAGCAGUUCCUGGAUUCCCCUGCCAAGGCACUGGCCAAAUCUGAAGAAGAUUACCUGGUCAUGAUCAUUGUCCGUGGUGCGUCUUAAAGUCCAUAUGUAACUUGUAUUUAGUACUUUGACAUGGUUCCUGUUUUGUGAUGUGUGAUGGGAUACAGCAUUGGAUGAAAUUUUCUUUUUAAUUAGUUGUUUAGUUGUAGCUUUUUUCUUUUUUAUAUUUUUAUAAACUUCUUUAAAAUAGAAGUCAGGAGAGUUUAGCUGUUAUUUUAAGUGAAAGGGAUGCCCUAAAGGUAGCAGGCAAAUGGAUUUACUUUAAUUAGGAGUUCCCACUCUUAUGAGUAACUUGUUUCCUCUUUUUCUGCAGUUUUUUUCUUUUUUAACCUUAAGCUUAAAAAAAUCCUCCAAGUUACAAAACCAGAAAUUUGAAAAGUCAGAAUUUGGAAAACAAAGAGCCCACUGACUAUAUAAAGGUGAUAAUAUACACCUAAAAAUGGCUUGAUUGGUAUGUAGGUAAAUAAUUCCUGUACCAGAAAUGUUGUUUGUGUGGCUGAAAUUUGAUCAGGGAUCUCAUUAGUAUAAGCUGGUAAAUCAUACAGCAUUGUGAUUAUUUUAUUCAGGUAUUUGAGUAUUUCUCUAAAAAUACAUGGUUUAUUCCCAGAGAGUUUGCUUUAACAUACACAUUUUUAUCAUUGGCUCUUGAGUUCUGUAUCCUGUAUAUGCACUUUUGGUUUGUAGCAGUAACUGUUCAGUAAAAAUUGAGGAGUAUGUUACAAACCACAUAUGUCUUAUGCUUACACUAGUAUGCAGGAAGUGAGUAGGUGCUUUUAAAAUCAGAAUUCUUUGGUCAGUCGUUGGUGUGUGGUGGUGGUUUCAGUGACUUUUUCAGAGAGAUGUAGCAGGUACAGUUCUAAUUUAAUUGUGCAUAUUUCAAAACUUGUGUUUUUCAUCAGAGAUGAGUUUUUAUUUUUGUAUCCAUUCAAAUUUCUGAUUUCAAUAAUAGAAAGAAAAGUUGUCUGCAGGCUCAUAAGUCAUCUUUUGUUUCAGUGGGCAUUAAUCAGCCAUAGCUGGAUUGCAGAUUUUUUUAUGUCAUCGUGAAAUGCCUUUGACAUACUCUCCAAAUUUUGCUUGUAUUUUUAUUUUCAUAUUUAAACACUAGCGAUGACAUUACAUUAUUGAAAAUAUUUUGAAUAUCUUUGAAAUUUUGUGUUUAUAUUUUCACUGGUGUCCAACCACAGAGAAUUGAAAUGUCAGUUUAGGAAAACCCUUUUUUAGUGGUUUAUUUUCUCAGACACCUGUAAUUAAUACAAAAUAAUUUAGCCCAUCCUGACAGUUUUUUUCCAAAACUGAAGAUUAUAUCAACUUCUGGUUCUUAACAAGGGUUUUUGCUGCUUAACAGUAAUGGGUGUUUUCCUUGUUUGUCUUUUUUUUUUCAUCUACCCCCACCCCUAGUUUCUCAGGUCAUUUGUAGGUAUAUUUUCCCCCGUGAUUUAAAUGUUGAGGACUUUAGCUAAGGCCUUUAAUAUUUAAUUAUGAUUAGAAACUUGAGGACCUUUGGAUCAUGGUCAUGUUUCUAGUCUGUGUAAGUGACUUCUUGAAAGCCUGGCAGAACCCAACUGUUUUCUUUCUGUUAUCAAAGCUGAUAGUUUUGAAAUAGCACCAAUAAUAACCCAGGGAAACGUCAUGUAAUUUUUAAUUGUCUGUUAUGACAGGUGUCUAAUGCAUGUCAGCAUGAAAGCCUCAUCACUCUGUGUCAUCCUUUUUGGUUUUCACUAUGCAUUUGUAAAUUUUCUUUUUAAGUUUGGAAUUUUUUGUUUUUAAACUGGAAAAACUAGCCAUUUUGAGAGAAGGAAGAUACUAGGCUAUGAGCACAAAGGUCCUUGGUGUGCCUGUAGGGAAAAUACCUGAAAUCCUACAAUUAAGACUUUUGGUCCUUUUUGCUUUUAAAAAGCUUUGCUUGACAUGCUAAUGUGGAGUAGACACCUGUUCAGAAACUUAUGCAAGUGUGCAGUCUGUGCAUAAGUGGGGCCAAAGUACAAUUUGUGGCUAGAUACAUUUUUUCCAGUUUAAAUAAUCUCACUAACCAUUAACUUUUGAAUAUCUUUUGAUAAGAUGGCUGGACAAAUGAUUUUACUCUUUUAGGGAGUGAAGUCCAUGACAUCUAAUUUUACUCUAAUCCAAAGUGUGUGGUUUUCUUUUUUUUUUUUUUUAAGUUGAUGUGACAGCUUACCGAAGAGCAGAGUACUGUGGGUUUUGCUCCAUGUUUGUUUGAACCUUAAUCUGACAUUGUGGCUUUUGUUAGAUCUGGGCAGUUUGUGCUUCAAUGUUUUUGAAACAAUGGCUUGAUACCAUGUCUAAAUGUAUGUAUUAUAACUAAUUAUGUUUAGUUUGGUGUGUACCUGCAGAGUGCCAUCGUUCAGAUGAAUCUCUUAAUUUGUGUUGCUCAUUCUGUUGUGCAGGUUGAUAAUAUUGGUAAACUACUUAAAACUUCAGAGUGUAAUGAAAACAAAUGUCUAAAACUAUCUGGUUCUAAUUCUCAUUAGCCAGAAUUUCGUAAU